UAUAUCGUAACCAUAAUAAACCCAGGGGAGUUUUACUCCAGCCCUUAUUCCGGUAUAGGCUUCAAUUCUCGAUGUUAGCCCGAUGUUUAUCCUGGUUUCACCAACUUCAAGGACGAACUUAUCCCGUACGUAUUGCCGGAGGUAACUACCUGUCUCACGGACUUAGAAGCUCCAAAGUCCUCUUUCGCUUUCUGGAUCUAGUGUUAUUUUACGAAGUGGUGUGGCUGAUAUUAUUACUGCUGUUUUUCUGGCCGUCCUUGGCAACAUAUAUCAUGGCAUCGAUUAUCCCGAAGUUGUCGUGCUUUGAUAAUGUGACCCUAUAGUCGACUUUACUAUUAGGCUUCAGAUACCUCUCGACUAAAAUGAUUAGAAAUAUCUGCCGUAUUUCAGAAUGUUUGAUAUCAAGACUACCGACGACGGCCUCAAACCGGCCGCCGGAAAGCCGUCUCACUUCACACUAGUCUUGUCGCAGACGCACAUGACGCCGGAGGUCACUGCAUACGUAUACCCCGGUUCCGGCACGGAAGAAGACCCGUAUCUCGUAGAUUGGAUGCCCGGCGACGCGAAGAAUCCGUACGAGAUCGCCACCGGCACGAAGUGGUGGAUGAUUAUCAUCCUGGCCUUCGGCACGCUCUCCGUGUCGCUCUCUUCCAGCGCCUUCCCGGGAAGCUUGCGGCAGAUCGAAAGUGGCUUCGACGUUGGGUCGGAGCUUUGGCAUCCUCAGCGUCUCGUUCUGUAUGGUCGGCAGAUUAUCUACGCUGCUAUGUUCUUUUUAACUACACUUUUUGGCGGUGCGUCGAUAGCUAGCCCUAACAUCCAGACCUUGUUGGUGUUGCGUUUCUUCGCCGGCGCUUUUGGCUCCUCGUCUAUCGUGAAUUCGGGCGGUGUCGUCUCUGAUAUCUUCGUCGCUAGGGAACGUGGUCUUGCUGUGAUGGUCUACACGAUUGCCCCUUUUGUCGGUCCGACGUUAGGUCCUAUUUGCGCUGGUUUUCUCGCGCAAAGCGGUGGGUGGAAGUGGGUUGAUGGCUUGACAGUCAUAUUCAGCGGUGCCAUGUUCAUCUUAGGGGUUCUAUGUCUUCCUGAAACCUAUACCCCCUAUCUUCUUAUUCGCCGCGCUAAGAAGCUGUCAAAAAUCACUGGAAAGGUAUAUGCGAGUAAACUUGAGGCUGGGAAACCCAAGAAGACCGCCGGCGGUGUCUUCCGGAAUGCAAUUGCUCGGCCUUGGAUCCUUCUUUUCUUCGAACCUAUAGUAUUAGUACUUUCGAUCUAUGCUUCGAUCGUUUAUGGGACACUUUAUCUUAAUUUUACAGCAUUUCCCAUCGUAUUCGAGCAGGAGCGGCGAUGGUCUCAAGGAAUUGCUGGUCUCUCAUACUUGGGUAUUAUGAUUGGCCAAUUUCUUGCCAUGUUCUUCUACAUCUUCCUCGAAACCCGAUACCGAAAAGCGAUCGCUAAGGAUCCCACUAAAGCAACACCCGAAGCUCGAUUAGCACCCGCUAUGAUCGGAGGAGUACUGCUCCCGAUCAGCCUUUUCUGGUUCGCUUGGACUACGUUUCCGAAUAUCCAUUGGGCUGUGAGUAUUGUCGGUUCGAGCUUCUUUGGAUUCGGCCAGGUCCUGCUCUUCAUCAGUUUGUUCAACUAUAUGAUUGACGCGUAUACUAUAUUUUCUUCCUCUGCUUUGGCGAGUAGUGCCAUUCUGCGAGCAUUAUUCGGCGCUGCUUUUCCAUUAUUCACGCCCAUUAUGUACCAGAAUCUUGGGGUACAAUGGGCUUCGUCGAUACCGGCUUUCUUAGCUCUUGCUUGUGCCCCGAUGCCCUUCUUAUUUAAUAGGUUUGGUAAAUGGCUUCGCGAUCGGAGCAAGUACGCUCAAGAGGCCGGCAGGAUUGUGGAUCAUAUCCUCAGACCGCAAGAGGUGGAAAGAGAAACAAAAGAUCCUGCGAUGGUUAUACACUCGCAACAUAUUACAUUGCCUCUUUUAACGAAACGAGAUUAG